AUCCAAAUUAGGGUUCACAUUUCAGGGAAGAGAGCUCUGCAUCUAUGGAGGCUACGCAAGAACAAGUCGGUUUGCUCGACAAGAUCCUCCCGCCGGCCCUAGCAGACGCCGGGCUCGAAGAUUGUGCUCUGCCGCCGGAAUCUAUUCAGGAAGCAUUUCGUAAAGCCGCCAACGCCGUGAAGUCUCGCGCAGCCUCGAUUUUCGAACACGAGGAGGAAGGCGGUUGUGUAGCGGAUCCGAUUCCGGAAGCUUCUGACAAGAUCAUUAUCGGCGGGGAUAAUGAAAGGGAUACUGGGCCGUGUUUAGCCGGAAAGGGCAAUGUGAAGUUGGCUGAAUCGGAACAGGCCGGAGAUUUGGUUGUAGCAGGCGAAGGAGGAGAAGGGAAGAGCUGCGUUGAUGGUUUGAAGGAUCUAGACGUCGAAGGUAUUGAGAGCAGCAGUGAGAAGAAGGAUCAGAGUGAUGAAGAUGAAGAAGAGGAAAGGAAACCAAUCUUGGUUGAAGGAUUUGUCUGAGAUUCCUCACAUUGUCAGAAGUGUUUUUCCCUCGUGUAUAUAAAUAAAAAGUAUUAGACUUU